GCGCCGCCAUUGGCUGUCCCCGGCCGGCGGGGCCGGCGCAGCCGCGGGCGGGUGCGCGGAGAGGCGGCGGGGCGGGAGCGACCGGUAGCGCGCACACGCAGCGCCCCGACGGCAGCGGCGGGUGCGCGCGGGAGCUGGGCCCUCGGCGGGACGCCCGCGGUGUGUUCGACCCUUUGCCUUUUUCCCUUCUUUUAGUAGAGUUUUUCUGCGGUGUUUUUCUUCUUUUCCCCGUUCCCAGCCAGGACUGGGAGCAGGACCCGCGCCCCUGGAACUGCUAUGCCAACUGAACUCCGCAGGGCCGUGAGAAUGCACGCCAUCUCCGACCUGCACUCCUCCCUCACCCUGCGGCUCCUUAACAAGGGGCCCGAGUACCUCCGCAGGCAGAUGGAGGCCAGCAACCCCGGCAGGAGAAGUGCCGUGGAGAGGCUAGCAGCCGAUAAGGCCAAGUACGUAAAAAGCCAGCGGGUAAUCAGCACCACGCAGGAGCCCGUCAUCGUGCUGAGCUCAGCCUCGGAGAGCGGCAGCGAGACCUGCUCGGUGGAGAGCCAGAAACCCAGCAGGGACUUCGGGAGAGGGAAGGGCGCGAAGCCGCUGGAGCUGUCGAAGGCGGUGUACGCCUGCCGGGCGCCCCUGCAGCACGCCCCCCCCAUAGCCAGGCGCAGCACCCCCAGGAGGCAGAUGCGGCCGGACUCCCUGGUGAUUUACCGUCAGAAAUGCGAGUUCGGGAGAGGUCAAAGCCAGGACAGCUCACGGGGGAGCUUGGUGAGGAGGAUCUUCCAAGGGUCUGUAAAGGAGAAGCAGCUGGCUUCCCCUGAGAUGCCCAGAGUCAUGGAGGACACCGCAGCCACCGAGAGCAAAGAGACUCUCUCAGAGAAAGAUAGUGACCGUGAGCUGAGCAACCAUGGAGCGGAGCAAGCCAUGACUAUGAGCACUGAAACACCAGGGGUAUGUACAAAAGAGCAUGAGGGAUCCUCAAAACUGAGUAUACCUCCUGAGGAGGUCAAGGAGGUGAAGAGGAGAGGUCUCCAUCGCUCCCAGUCGGACAUCAGCUCUCGCUAUUCCAAGUCUUUCUCCGAGUUUGAUACAUUUUUCAAGUACUGUGGCCUGGAUCAGGAGGUCAUCGAGGAUCUCGGGAGAGAGAACUUCUCCGUGGUGUCCGACAACAUCUCCUUCAAGAUCCGCAGCAUCAGUGUGGCAACGUCCGAAAGCGACUUCACUAGGCACAGCGGGGACGAGGGGCUCCUGGAGGAUGAACUCACAGAGCAGGUCCCGAGCAGCACUUCUGUGAUUGAGCGCAAUGCUCGGAUAAUCAAAUGGCUGUACACGUGUAAGAAAGCCAAGGAGGCUAACAAAAUGAUCCAGGAACUGGCAUGAUGGCUUCUUUCAGCAUGCAUUGCAGCCUCAAGAAUGCUUGACUUGGAAGUCGAACAAAACCAGACACAGGAAGAAACUCUUCUCUCAUCUAGCUCAUGAAUGCUUUGUCCAAGUUUAGUAUUUUAUUAUUGCUUCCUACCCUCGCCCGCCUUCCUCUUACCACAAACACAGGAGCUUCUGAGAGCACAAUGACAAGUAGAGAUUGUGAACUGUGCUCCAGCAAGGCAGCAAGAAACGAAAGCUCCUGUAAAAGCAAAGCAUGGCAGCAGCUGCCAUCCACGGUUAACAUUCAGCAUCAGCUCACUGCCCCAGGAUGCUCUUCCAGGCUGUGACAGAAGGUCUGUGUUGUGCAUCCAUCUCUUUCCAGCAAUGAGUUUGUCAACAGGAAUGGGGGGAGAAAGUGGGAAUGAAGUGGCAAUGACCUCUGGGUCAGGCACUUUCUUGCAGACAGACAGGCUCCACCCGGAUGUUCAAAGGCUCUGUCUUGCCAGGGCUGUUUGACCAGGGCUCAUUCUGACAUCAUUAGAUGUUGUUUGGCUGGUGAGGACUAACUGUGGCAGCUUUAUCUGGGAUACUUGGCAAACAUGUUGUAAGCUAAAUCCCUGCCAAGCCUCUCUUUCUCUGAGAGUAUUCAAGCCAAACUGGAGUACCUUGUAUCUAUUUAGUUUGUCUCACAACUUGCUCAAGCCAGCGGGGAGGAGAAGCCUUUAAAACCCUGCCCCAAAUAUUUUCAGGAGCAUGUUUCCAAGAAACAGGUAGUUAAAAGUAAGGGAGUGUUUUGCAUUGUUACUGCCUUGCUGCAAAACAGUACAAUUCACAUGUACACAGGCUCUUCCACUCUCUUUGCAAUACGUUUUCAACUCUGACAUUGCAAACAUUGCAAGGUUUGGCAGGUUGUGGUUUAGCACAUUUAAUUUUAUGCACCAUGAGUGAGCAGUGUGCUUAGGAAACUGUAUCCCAGGCUAUGUAUGGCCACACUUCUCUAGCAUGGCUCUGAUGGCUCUGGAGUACAGGCUGUGCUUAGGAUGUGCAGGACUGCAUCCCUGUGCUGCAAGGCAAGAAGUCAUGUCAGGGCACAGCAGUGGCAGCUAAAUGUCCUGGUAGAGUGGAAUGCCCAGCAUAAACAACACCUUGCUCACUAUCAUCAAUAAAAUGCUUCAUUUGGACUGGCCAAGCUAAAUGUGUUUUAAAAGCUGAUAAAAAGUACUUCAGAUCACCAGUGUAGUGAAUGAGGCCUCUACAGUAACUCAUGGAAUUUGCUGGCUGUGCCUCAAACAUUUACCUCAGUCUGUCAUUGCUUGCUAAAAAAUGUCUUGCACCAAAGCAUUUCUUUGUGGACACUGCAGACCACACAAAAAUGCAACACUCCCACACC